AUGAAGAUAUGUCUAUGCUAUCUCGGUGUCCCUGAAUAUCAACAAGGUAUUGCUCAGGAACUUGGUGUUAGUCAAGCAACGGCAUCUCAGACUGUGGAUAGAGUUGUGAACAGCACAGUUGCACAGUCGAACGAAUGGAUCAAGUUUUCAACUACCAACCAUGAACUGAUGGAGGCCAAGCGGAUAUGGCAAAGCAUGUAUAUAUUUCCGACAGCAAUUGGUGUAAUUGAUUGUACACAUAUAGGAAUCCUGAAACCAAAUCGCCAUAGAGACGAGUAUAUGAACCGAAAAGGGACACCAACUUUAAAUGUGCGAGCCACUUGUGAUGCCGGAGAGAUGUUCACAAGUGCUGAUGUCAGUUGGCCUGGAUCAGUGCAUUAUUCUAGAACAUGGAGAAAUUCACAGACUAGAUCACAACUAAUAAAUAAAGCAAAUGUUAUGCUACUUGGCGAUAACGGUUAUGGCAUUGAGCCAUGCCUUAUGACUCCCUUCAGAAAUCCUACUCUAGGUGCAGAAAUAAAUUAUCAUAAGCUUUUAAAACAAGAAAGAGAUAACUGA